GACUGCUUCCUGUGUUUAGGGGGCCGCCGUUCGCGUGAAGGUCUGGAGUCUCUGAGUUCGAGGGUUUGGAGGCGCCACCUUUUGAUCCUUCGCUAUGGGAGUGACGUGUGUGUCCCAGAUGCCUGUGGCUGAGGGCAAGAGUCUCCAGCAGACAGUGGAGCUCCUCACCAAGAAACUGGAGAUGCUUGGAGCAGAGAAACAAGGGACAUUUUGUGUGGACUGUGAGACUUACCACACAGCUGCCUCUACCCUGGGCAGCCAAGGCCAGGCUGGGAAGCUGAUGUACGUGAUGCAUAACUCUGAGUACCCACUGAGCUGCUUUGCCCUCUUUGAGAAUGGCCCUUGCCUCAUUGCUGACACCAACUUCGAUGUGCUUAUGGUGAAGCUCAAGGGCUUCUUCCAGAGUGCCAAGGCCAGCAAGAUUGAGACCCGGGGCACUCGCUACCAGUAUUGUGACUUCCUGGUGAAGGUGGGCACGGUCACAAUGGGGCCCAGUGCCCGUGGCAUCUCUGUGGAGGUAAGACCUUGGUGAAGGACAAGCAGGAUAUGCUGUGGGCUCCACAGUAAGGAUUCUGGAAGCUUUCCCAGCCCCACUUAGUUCAGGUAGACUCAGACAGUAUCGUCCCAUGCUCCACUGCAGGGGUCCUUUUUUGGUGGCUGAUUUUUUUGCCCGGUGGGAGGGCUGGAGGUGGUGAUUCAUGUCUCAUGCCUUGGACUUACUAUGUAGCCAAGGAUGACAAACUUAAUGUUGCUCUCUUCUGUCCCCGAGUGCUGAGAUUGCAGCAGUGUGCCACUCUCCCCCGCUUCUUUCUUAGGUUAUGCAUUUAUUUAGACAGUUUCAUUUGGCUUGGACUCUCAUUCUUUGUUUGUUUGUUUGUUGUUGUUGUUGUUGUUUGGACUCUUCAUUCUUAUGUCUUCAUAUGUUUCACCUUGCCUGGUUUGUGUGGUGCCUGAGAUGCAGAACAGACCUUGUGCUUGCUAGGCAAGUACUGUACCAACAAAAUGCUAUAUCCUCAGCUCAAAAAAAGAAACAGAACCCUGUCCCAAAACAACAACAACAACAACAAAAAGAAACAGAAACAUAUAUGUAUAUGCAUGCAUGGGGUUAUAGGAGCUUUCUUUAGGAGAUUUUUUUUUUUUUAGAUUUUUUUUUUCUGAAUAUUGGGUAUUUUGCUUGCAUGUAUGACUCUGUAAUACAUGUGUACAGUGCUCACAGAGGCUAAAAGAGGGCAUCUGAUGCCUUAGAAUUGGAGUCAAGGACUUUUUAAAGUUGUUAGUCCAUAUGGGUGCUAGGAACCAACCCCAGGUCCUAAGAGCAGCAAGUGAUCUUAACUUUUGGGCCAUCUGUCCAGCACUGCUCUAGGGUUCUUCUAUCUUUUCUUUAGUCAUUCACUCUCUAACCCAGAAUUGAAGUGGGUUCGCAGCAAGUAAAAAGCUUAGAGAUGCUCACUUGCUGGAAACUGAAGGCAUAGGCAAGGAGAGGAGGGGAGUGAAGAUAUAGAGACCAGCACCCUUUCCAGGAAGGGCUGGAGUACCAGCUCUCUGAGGGUGGUCUGAGGUGGGCUGUCAGUCAUGUGCCCAUGUGUCCCUCCUUAGUAUAUGUUAUGAGUGGUCUCCAGAGCUGUGGAACAAACUCUACUUUUCCCUUUGGCAUCUGUCCACUUUCACGGUGGCCAAGAAUGUGUGUAGAAGAUGCCUUUGUCAAAAAAAUGAUUACACUUGCUUAUGGUGGGCGUAGAUGUAAAUGCGCCAUAGCACACUGACAGAGAUCAGAGCAUCCCGUUCUCUCUUCCUACCAUGUGGGUCCUAGGGAUUGAACUCAGGCUAGCCGGCUGGGUAGCGAGCAUCAUGACUGGCUGAUGGCCUGCAACAUUGAACCUAAAUAUGUGGUAUUGAAAAUGACAUAUGGAGAGAUAGCUUUAGAGUGAAAAUCCAUAGCCUUCCAUGUGUCCCGCAUGGACUGAGAUUUUAGAAACAAUAAAACAAGAUAGAAGCCUGCAGGGCCUCCCUUUUGAAAAUGUAUCAUUUAGUAAGCAAGCGAAGCUGAAACACAAACUUUUUUUUAAGAGUAUGUAAAGUUUAUAACUGUUCAAGUAUAGUUUCUUUUGUAAAAAGUGCUACAAUAACAAACUACAUUUAAAAAGAGUUCUUAGUAGGGAAACAGUAAGUUCUAUGAGAACACAGACUAGCACAGCACAGGCUAACACUUUGUGCCUGGCUGGACAUUAGAGGUUAAAGGUCCUGGGAGGGAGCUCCAUCCUCAACUUGGAAGGCGAAGCCUUCAGGGGGAGUUUCUGGCACCACAUUUUGGUCUUCCUCCGCUGAGAAGUACUUCUCCAUUAAGUUCAAUGAGGCUUUGUAGACAGACUCCUUUUCAUGGCUUUGUAGUGCUUCAAUUUUAUCCAAGGCUCCAUACUCUUCAAUCAUUAUACUGAGCUUUUCUGUCUCACCUAGUUUCUCGGCAGCCUGAAAGAUAUUUGAAAUGGCAUCAAGAAUAACCUGAAUAAUCUUGGUAUCUUUUGCACUUAAGAGGUUCAUCAAAGGUUCUGUUAUCCCACAAUGAACGAGAUACACAAUCUGCUCAACAGUCCCACCGCUGGUAGAGUUGGUUAUAGCCCAUGGCCUCCUUCUGUGUCUUAAAGUCUGCCUUAGAGAGGACACCAACAAGAAAGGGGACUAGGCCGUGAUUCACUACUUGCUGUAUCUGGUUCCUGGUGUCCAGCUGUAAUGUAAUGUAAUGGUCCAUGUGGCCUCCUUCUGAAUAUUAGUUUUGGGGUUUGUUAGCAGGCUGGGAAAGACUGCAAGUGCUCCUGCAUCUAUCACUUUCUGAGUCUGCUCAUCUGUUCCAGUGACAGUAUUCCCUUUGGGUCUUAGAGCGGGAGUCACAGUGGGCAGUUCAGUGGCUCCUAGAAGCUUCACAAGUUGGGGAACAACUCCUUUCUUCACAACCAUCUCAAUGCGCUGCUUUGGACCAUCAGUCAGGGAGGAAAUGGCCCAGCAGGAAUCUGCUAGUACUUCUGGGUCAUGGUGGUGCAGGAGUUGAACUAAAGUAGGAAGAAUCUGCUCAAUGGCGUCUAAGGGAGGCGCAGGGUUCUUGUUUCGAUAGAGGUUUGAAAGCCUCCAGGUAAGAUUAAGUGACCACAUGCCAAGGAUGACAGAUCGGGAACUGCAAGAAGUGCCAACAGUGGGUCAAUCGCACCGUGUUUGAUAACUAAGUCUCAGAAAGCUGACCCAUCACCUGCAAUGUUUCCAAGAGCCCAUACAGCUGCUCGCUGAUGUGAGCAUGGGGAGAUGCCAAGAGAGAAAGAAACGCUGGGAUAGCACCUCCAUCCACCACAGCUUUGGUCUGUUCAGAUGUUCCAGAAGCAAUGUUGGUGAGUGUCCAAGCAGACUCAAACUGAAUGGGACUACAAUCAGUUUUGCCCAAGAAGGACACAAGUUUUGGGAUCAAACCAGCCCGGAUGAUGUUGUCUAUAGGAGGCUGUUUCUCUCUAGAAAGCAAUUUCCAGGCAGCUUGAGUAGCUUAGAGCUGGCUUUCCAAAUUGUUACUGUUUAUGCCUUUAACAGUGUCCUCACAGACCAAUUUACAGUCCCCUGGUUGUUCGGGUUUUCCUGGUGCAGAGAAGGAAAGGAGCUGAUGUUUCUCCUUUUCAGCAUCUGCUCAUCGUUUUUAGCUUUCCUGAGUUCCACAUUAACUUCUACUCGGCGGCGACGCAUUUCUGUACUGUCCUUCCCCUGUUCUUGAAUCUGUUAAGUCGGGCAGCUGGUAAGUUAGCAUUCUUGUUCCUGGACAUGACUGCAGGAACAAGGAGGAAAGCUCUACAGAUGGCUCAGACUUCCACGAAAGGCGGUGCGGGGCACUCAAGCUGCGUGUUGGCGGCUGUGGCAAUGUCUGCUACCCUUCAGCCCUCAGACUUUGUGCUGAAACACAAACUUUUGAAGUGAGUUUAGAAAGGCAUUAGGCUUAGGAAAUCAGGCUGUUGAGAGUCUUGCUGACUGUAAUGGGAACCUGUAGAGCAAUAAGGAGUCCAAGGCGGGAAGUGCUGGUGCAUGCUUACUGUCUCAGCACCUCAGAGAUGGAGGCCAGAGGAUUGUGAGGUUUAGGCUGGCUUGAGCUGCACUGUUAGAUCCUGUCACAAAGUAAAAGCCAUAGGAAGGAGCCUGGGAAGCAUCGCAGGUAGGGAAAAGGACCCUAGUGCCAGUUUCUUUUCUGCUUGGAGGCUCCCAAGCCAACACUGUAAUGGUUUCACCUUGUGACUGAAGGAUCGCAGCAGCAGCAGGAGGGAGGAAAGCAAGCUUGUCCUUGUCCUUACCCUGGCUAUCUGUUCUCUUGUCCCAGGUGGAGUAUGGCCCUUGUGUGGUGGCUAGUGACUGCUGGAGCCUCCUGCUUGAGUUCCUACAGAGUUUUCUAGGGAGCCACGCACCAGGGGCACCCACAGUAUUUGGGAACAGACACGAUGCGGUCUAUGGGCCAGCAGAUACCAUGAUACAGUACAUGGAACUCUUCAACAAGAUCCGAAAACAGCAGCAAGUGCCAGUGGCUGGGAUCCGUUAGUGACUGGCAGCUGCCCACCUGCUGAGUUGUCACCAGGGUAAUGCCCAGGCCCACGUGCUGGACUCGGUCCUGGGCCCCUGGCCCAGCUGGUUCCCAGCUGUAGCUUGUGUUCCGGGGCUUUGGACUUCCCUCCUGAGCCCAUCACAGCUGGUUUUUACUUCAUGCUUUAACUGGAUUUGGCUGGUCCUCAAGAAUGGUAACUGUGGAGAAUGGAAAAGCUGUAGGGCAAAAGGUAGGACAGGGUUGUCGCUGUUGGCACUGGAGCUGUGUGUGUCCCAGGUGCUGAGGGUUUGUUAUCGGCUGGACGCCUGUGCUGUAUGGGGCUCCCCUUCGCUUGAGGAUGCGGCUGGCCUCUCCUGGAGAUGGUUAGGUGGCAGGACUGGAUUGUUGGCUGCUAGAGUGUCGCUUUCAUUCUUUGGACACUGAUGUCUUCUCAUACUGUUUUAAAUUCUGUGACCCUGUAGGCCAGGCCGCUGUAGCAGAACCAAAAGCAGAGGACUCUUACUGCACAGUUUAUUUUUCAUUAAUAGUUCACAGGCAUUCAGUUCCCAGGGCAACAUGAACUCCACAGCGUUACCAGGAACUUGGCUUCCUAUGUCUUACUGUUCCUUAUAUCAUACUGUCCCAAAAUGCUUUCCUUCCUACAGGAUGCUCAGUAGCUCUGCACCCACAGUCCACUGAGGAGAGCGAGAUUGAGAGGGAUGGUUUUCAGAGUUGCUCAAAGCACUGUGGACACAUGUUCCUGACACUCAACACUCAGGUUUUUCAGGGUGCCUCCUAGGUUGUCUUAUCUUGCUUGAGCCUUGAAUUCACUGACACUAUUACUUACCUGCCUCACCUACUACAGAGACAUUUAACACAAAGACAGGCUCGGGAAAGCUGUUAAUCUACAAAGUGUAGGCUGUCAGUUAGGAUCCUGUCCUCAGAGCACAGCUAGGCAGACUUGCCAGCGCAUCUGGGUAGUGGCUCUGAGGUACUGGUCAUUCUUGUCUCCUAGCUUUAGCUGGCAGGACAGCUCAUCACGCCUUCCUGCUGUGGCUCAGUUAUCCGGUUGCUCCUGUUGCUUCCUCUUGCUUUGGUUGUUAGUCAUUUACUGUUGUUCCGUAAACCUGAGGUGUUUUACAUAUCGUAAUAAAGUUUUACCAGCAUUA